AUGCCGAUGAAUCCAAAAGAUCAAAGUGCGAGAGUUUGCAGGAUGAAACUGAUCAGCCCGAGGGUAUGGCUUCUGUAUAGUACUGCGGUGCAUGCCUCUGCACAGUCAGUAUCGCAGACCGAUUCUUGUUACCUGACAACCACAGUCAUUUAUGGCGAUCCUGAAACAUGGAUCAGCUACUCGGGAUUUACAUCUUCUUCCACCACAACUUCUUUCCCAAGUACUUCGACAGCCGCAAAUAGUUUAGAGACAGUCUCUAUCACCACAAGUUCUUUGAUCACGCCAUAUCCAACUACGAGUUCCAGCUUGAUCGGCAGCACUCCAGGUGUGUCGGCCUCGUCCUUGAGUGACAACCAAACCUCAGGGUCUACCUCCACAUCCUCGUCUUCAUCAAUUAUCGGACCACCAGCUCCAACAUCCGCACCAUUCGUCGUUCAAAUCAACAUCCCAAACCCGACCAAUCUGAAGCUGCUCAAACGAGAUAUCUCAUAUUUGACCUUCGUCGAAGGCGAAGCAUACCUGACCUCAUACGAAGGACAUGCAGCAGUCUUCCUCCUAACAGCCACCAAGUACCUCUUGAGUGCAGGCUCGUACGUUGAACCAUUCUACGAGCAAUAUGGUCAAGAAUACACCAGGCCGUUGUCCCUCCCUGGAGUGGUCUCGCUGCAGCAAACUCUAGCGCUCUUCGACAACCGCUACGGUUGGUCGUUCAAUGAUGGUGGCCUGAUGUUGGGAAAUGCGUCAUUCUACGUCAAUGACAUUGGACGGAUGUUGGUCUUCUUCGGUGGAGAGGGUCAGGCCCCUGACGACGCGGCAAUCGCUGAUCUAGGAGUCGCGUUCGUUGAUUCCUUUUUAAGUUCCACUAUAACGUCCACUUUUCAUGUGACAUCGACCUCUGAGACAGAGAGCACAAGCGUCUCUCCCACUAUCACACCAACAACCAGUGAUGUCGCCUCGCUCUCAACUACACCGACUUCCACCAAUGGUGAGAUCUCGAGCUCGACCGGACUCAUUUCGUUCAGUUCAAAUUCACCAUGUUCGUCGGUCACAAACAGUAUGGCCACGUCGACAGGCACAACGCCAGCCUCGUCCAUGCAGCAAUCAAGCGCGGUGGUGGUCAGCACUUCUAUUCGCUCAACUGCAACCGCAACUAGUGCCUUCACUACGCUUGGAGCUAGUACUACACCCACAAGGCUAUCGUCCAUAUAUCAACCUCCCAGCGGUUCGACAGUACCGACUGUGUCAACUCAGACAGCUACUUCUAUUUUGUCUCCGUUAACCUCGCUCCCUCCUUCGGCUUCUUCCGACAGCUCGCCAUCUCAAUCGUCAACAAUCGCUUCGGCUAGUACGCCAUCUUCGAGAAACAGCACCAGCACCGGCAAUGGAGAGACCAGCAUCGUUACUAUCUCUAUACCAGUCUCUCAAAGUACAAUCAUCCCCACUACACCCAGAGCUGCUUCAUCAACUUCGACUGUCUCUGUCGGGUCUUCGACGACGACUCCCGCUGUCCUGUCCUCAGGCUCUCUACAAGGGUCUUCGACAACCCCUGUCGUCUCAGGCAGUCUGGCAACCUCUGUUUCUUCCUUCGAUAAUGCAAGCAGCACUCAGAUGACCGCGUCGACCUCAUCGAGGGUAAUUUCGCAGACCUCGUCAACCUCGCUAAUCUCAACAACAGUGCACUCGACAACGUCUACUACCCGCUCUAGCUCCUCAACGUCAACAUCCACACCCAACCCAUCCAAGCGCGGCCUCGCAUAUACCAACGUGACGACGCUAGUGUACUACCCACCACCGGACCCGUAUAUCUCGUGGUCAUACAACUACUACUCGCUGCCGAACGCAUCCAACAACGCGGGGCCGUACCCUUCGUCGCAGUUCCGGUUCAUCCCACUGCUCUUCAACGACGACCCAUCCCUGACCUCCAUCUGGGCCGCGAACGUCAACUUCUCGCUCGCGAACUACGGCACCGACGCACUCUUCGGCUUCAACGAGCCCGACGCCUGCUUCGCCGGGCUAUCGUCGUGCAUGCCAUUGAACAAAUCGCUGCAGGGCUACGCGAAGCACAUGCAGCCGUUCGCGCACCGCACGAGCCCGUCAACCGGCCAGCGCGUGAAAAUCGGCUCCGUGGCGGUCACCAACGCGGGCCAGGACGGCCUGGCCUACCUGUCACAGUUCCUGGGCAACGCGACGCAGAUGAACCUGACCAUCGACUUCUUGAACCUGCACUGGUACGCGAGCCCAUACAACAUCCAGUAUUUCAAGGAUUACGUCACGCAGGCGUACAAUGUGACCGGCGGCGGCCGUUAUCCCGUCUGGAUCACUGAAUUUGGAAUGGAUCGGCCUGAUUACCCGGCGCUGCUGGUGCAGGAGUUCCUCAGGAACGCGAGCAAGUGGUGUGAUGAGACGAGCUGGAUCGAGAGGUAUGCCUGGUUUGGGAACUUCAACAGUAAGAACGGCGCGACCAACAUGCUGUUGAAUGCCGAUGGGAGUGCGUUGAGUGCGUUGGGGGCUGUGUGGAGUAAUUAUAAUGCGACGAACUGA